CAUUAUUGGAAGAGCUUAGUCGUGAUCUACUAACGGGCGUGUGCACAUCAAUCGGCAAUAUGAGAAAAAUCAUUAUUUCGGCAUUGGUUGCAUUAUUGCAUUUCGGUUUCUGCUUAUCUGUCAACGACUAUUCAAACAAAUUUCAUAGUAUCUAUGGAUGUAAGCAGAUGAGUACGUUAAAUAACUACAAUGAACCCGUGACUUAUCUUCCCGUGGAGAAAUUUGAGCAUGUCGGCACUGGAGACAACUAUACUUUCUUUAGGCUUGGAGUUUUCGGUAGGAGUGAUGCCGUUAUUCGGUUUUCUAAGGUUCCGAUGCCGUACAACAAUGACAUUGUGCAUGAACUUGUUAUCGGAGCUGGAGCUAACAAUCGCAUCGAGAUUCGGCGGCAGACAAGAUUCAACGCGUUAUUGUUCACCAACAACGUAAUCAAACAAAUCCAAACUCCGAACAUUCUCUCAGAAAGUGAGCCAUUUGUAAUGCGGAUGGAUUUUGUUAAAAAUGGAUCGGUGCUUUUGACCAAAGACAGUGAGACGAAACCAUUUUUGGAAUUUUCCGAUCCAACUGCGAAGAUUAGCUACAAAUACAUUGGAUUCUCCAACUGGCUAUCAAAGACAAUUUAUUUCUUCGAUUGUCCUAUGUAUAACUUCAAUGUCAGAGUCGAUAGAUUCAAUGUAUAGUGCAUGAAAUUAUGUAUGUAUAUUUUGAUUGUAUGUAAAUAAAUUAUGUUUAAAAUUAUUCAAACCUUUUAA